ACGAUUUGUUUCACCACAGGGUUUGAACAGCAAAAUCUUUUUCGACUUCAAAAAAACAGGACGGCCUCAGAUUGUUGACCACUAUACUAUUGAAGAAAGACCUCGACCUAAACGUAGAUUGGUCAGCGGUAGACUGAUACCCACCGUUCCGUUACGACUUAACUGUUUGUUGUGGAUUGAAGAUUUGUUCAACUUACUUGAACAACGACAAUAGGAGAAGAUCAAAAGAAUCGAUAUAGUUUGUCGACAAGUAUGGCUCAUAACACCCAGUGGUAUUUAAACGACUAUGUGAUCAACGAUUACUUUGAAUUGAUCAAAAAACGUGAUCCGAGCAUUUAUUGCUUUGAUACCUUUUUUUUUGAGAAUUAUAAAAAUUUUGGAUAUUCAAGAGUGAAGAGUUGGACGAAAAAUAUUAAUAUUUUUUCGAAAAGAAAACUUUUUUUUCCAAUCAAUAUUAAAAGACGCAAUAUUCCUCCUCACUGGAUACUUGUGGUUGUCGAUAUCAAUCAUAAUCAAAUCACUGGUUAUGAUAGUCUGAAAAAAAGCAACCUAGUUGCAUAUCGGGAUGAUGUAUUAAAAUACUUAGAGGAAGAGCACCUAGGAAAGUUGGGUGAAUCUCUACCCAUAGACAACUGGGAAAAAGUACAAGGUGAAAAUCCCUAUCAAGAAAACGGAAUAGACUGUGGCGUUUAUGUCUGUAUAUUUGCAGAAUAUAUAUCAAGAGAUGUUGCGUUUAAUUUUGAUCAGGACUUUAUGGCGGGUUUUAGGAAAUUAAUGGCAUACGAACUUUGUACCAAACAACUUAUAAAUAUAUAGAUGUGGAUGAAUUGUGUAUUGAUUAGGAAAUAAAUUAUAUAAUUAAUAAUAAUUAACAAAUAAAUUUAAUUUUUGGUUAGUACCUAUUAUUUGUGAAUUAUAAAAUAUCAUUGUUAAGUAUAUAGAUUUAAUUAUAUCAGUGUAAAAAGUUGUAGAUAUAAGAUACAUAAGCU